AUGACACGUCAAUUGGUGGUUCCGAACUCAACCCAAGGCAGCAGUAUUUCUUUGAUGGUUGAGGAGCAAAGAACUGUGGCUGGAGCCAGUCACAGGUAAACUUGUUGGUGGGCUCUAGGCUUCCUCGUUCCAGAGUCCGGGCGUGGCUGUGGCGUUGCCUCGAAUAGAACCAGGCACCAGGAUUUCUCGGACUUCGAUAUACGCGGCCCUUCGCUCACCCCGCCCUCCUUCCGGCCCCAAUUCAUAAAACAAUCAAGUAAAACAGGAGCCGUGCACAGAGUCUUCCAGUCUGGGUCCAUACAUCUUCUACCACGGCUCAGAGCAGAUAUGAAGGAAACACGGUGAACAAAUAACAACAACAGCGCCGACGCUCAAUAUGUUCCACCAAUUCAGCGCCAAUACUGAGCGGCUUUCGAGAUUAUAUUCCGAUACCAAAAAGUCUCUCGAGAGGGCCAAAGCUGCACCAGCCGCUGCGAAUGUCGCCGACUCGCCAGAAUUCGGCGAUUUGAGGCGUGAUUUCCAGCUUCAGCAAGACAGAUUGUAUGCCUGGGGCUUGCAUUGGGCCGAGCGGGACAUGGGCUCUCCACAGUCCAAACAUGGAGACGUCAAAAUCGAUAAGAUGAUCGAUCAAGCUGAACUAGGCGAGGUUGUCGACAGUGUCAUGUCCGAGAUUAGAGGCCUCUAUGACGAACUCCAGCUUGGACGAUUGGAACGAUCUGACAGUUAUGAAAAGAAUAUCUCGGUCAAAUCCUUGAAAGAUCCUGGGUCCAGUCCAGUCACGCAACGAAGUGAAUGGACUAGUCAGGAGAUCAAGAGUCGCCGGGCCAAGCUUGAUCGCCUGACCGAGUGCAUCGAUCUCCUGUACACCCUUGAAGGUACAAGGAGGGGUGACGAGAAAGAUCAGGCGAAAAGAGCGAAGCACGCGCACGAGUCAUCUGACAAUCUUGACUAUGCACAUGUCUACGACCACCCGCUUCAUAUCGAGUUUGGCGACCUGCAAUUCAGUGCAUCUUCAGCCCAGCGUGCUGAUCCUCCGCCAUAUGAACCUCCGGGAGCCUUGGCCAGUGUCAAAGAAAGAUCGCUUGCAUAUUAUCGCCCUGGUGCACAACAUGUUUUGUUGGACUAUCUACCAGCUGAUACUCCACUAUACGUUGUAGGGAGUGCCGACGACGUAUUUGAAGUCCAUGAACUUGGUGGAAAACUGUGCGAGAAAAGGCCACUCUCAUGGUGUGGUCAUCUACGACUGCUCGGGUUCACCAUUGACCCUACCGGAGCACGGUGUGCAAUGGUUUACGCCUUACCACAGGAGCAUGAUACCCAAAGCCUGCAACAACUUCGGACGCUAGGUUCCUUGAUCUCGGCGAGCGACAGACAAGGCUCUCCUCAUCCCGCACUCGAAGACCGCUUUCGACUCGCGUACAACGUAGCAUUGUCGAUGAUGGGGUACUUCGCCCAUGGUGAGACCCAUCAACAUAUCAACAGCAGUAACAUUCUUGUCUUGGGAUCGGGCGAUCACAUUCAUAGCUCGAAUGCACCAAAGGAGAUGAGAUCUCCCUAUCUUCUCCAGUCAUGCCAGGACUUCCUUUCACAAUCACAAGCAGAGGAACCCUUUGCUUCAACCAUCUACCGGCAUCCGGACCACGACGUUCGCGCUUCUGAAGUCGUACCGGCGUAUGACAUCUACAGUCUUGGCUUGUUACUGUUGGAAAUUGCACUUUGGACACCUCUUUCACGCCUGUGGAAGCCAAGAUAUACUCGAGAGGUUUUGAUGGAUAGAGUCCAGCGCGUCUAUGUACCUAAGCUGGCCUCUAGGUGUGGAACCAAGUAUAUGCGUGUCGUCCAGAGGUGUCUGCAGGCUCCCACCGCGCUGCAAUACCAGAACAACUAUGAAGAUGCAGGUUCCGCCCUCUUGCAGAUCCUCAAAGACCUCCAACAGUGCUGUGCACUAGACGAGGAAGGUCCACCGCCUCCACAGGACAUCGAGGUCUUCGAGAUUCUACUUAUUGAACAGAUGUACAAAGCCGAGUCAGCACCUGACGCAGGAUCAAAGAGCGCGUUCCGACCUACAAAAGCCGAGACCAAACCAGAACUUCCGAAGCGGGCCAAUUCAAAGCGCAAAGCAGACGCAGUCCAAGAUGCAAUCCCGCAAGUCGACGAAAAGAUGCGCAAAUGGUCUCAUCUUGAUAUUCCCCAGGACGAUCUAGAUCAAUGGAACACGCGAGUGAUGCCCAAGCUUGGCAGAAUACUACAAACGGCCCUGAAAGAUUGCACCGAUUCCUGCAGUCUAAGUCUCAUGAUGUUUGGCACGACUCCGGAAAAGGCGAAGACGACUAUAUGUGUGCAGUGUCCACAGAUAAACAAAGUCCGUGAUGUUCUAAGACAGAGUUUCAAACCCAAGAGAGGAUGGGGUGUCGUCCUUCUCAACGGUGAAGUCAGGAGAAGCGGCAACAGGAAAAGUGUCAAACGGUCUGGGUAUGGAUCUAGCAAGGGAACUGGACGGUCUCGACGAAAGUUACGAGAACAAAAGUACCAGAAAUGUCCUUCAAAUGGGGCUAGCAUCGGAGCUUUCAAGGACUCCGAACACCUGCCCCCUGUGUCAUUCGGGGGUACUAUCCUGGUGGAUGGUGAGCCUUUCGGAAUGACGGUCCACCACAUGCUUGAGGCGCCGAGUGACGAGGAGGACGAAGAUGAGGCCGUGCAGACAGAGCAGCCGAGAAGGUCUGGAGCAACCCGGACCUUGCCAGGCCAAUUCGACUCUUCUGCCGACGUACAGUUCAUGCAGUCUGAAGAAGACCUCGCACGCUUGUCAGACCUUGAGAUCUCCGACGAAGAUUUCGAGGGCAGUGACGGCGAGAGCGACGCGAGCACCAUCCGACCGGAUUACUCCAUCAUGGACGCCGAUGGUAACGAGUUCUGGUAUCUAGACGAUUCUCCCCCGGAGCUGGACGAGGACGAUGGGUCCAUUGGCGACGAUGCAUCAUCCUCUUCUUCCGACGACGUCGAUGACGCAGCUUCUAUAGGCGACAAGAUCGGCAUUGCACCAUACUCGGACGAUGACUUCUGCGUCACCCAGCCAGCCAUCGACGAUGUCGACGAGGACUUCUUCCCCAGCGAGGAGGACAGAGAUGACGAUCACCUCGCCAGCCAUUCGUUCGGGUACGUCUUUGCGAGCAGUGGCAUCCGGCGCGUGGUCCGAGGCGAAAUGAAACACGAAGUCGACUGGGCACUAAUCAGGAUCCACGACGAUAGAAUGAAAAUAGAGAAUUCCGUGCCUGAGCAGACUGGCAGUCUUGUAAAGAGGUCUAGCACGAACACUCAACAACAACCUCAACCUCCUCUGACAACGGUGACGCCACUGGCCAAACUCUCCGGUCUCCAGGUUCAGUGCCGCGGGCGCUCCUCGGGUCUGAAGAAGGGUCGCAUCUCCCAAGCUAUGUCUCUCGUCAAGCUUCAUGGCCGCCAGUCCUUCUCGACAUCCUGGUGUGUCGAAGGCGGGUUUGGUAUUCCCGGUGACAGCGGCGCCUGGGUUUACGAUCCUGUCUCGGGCGGCUUGUGCGGACAUGUGCUUGCGUGGGGCGACAGAAGCAAGACCGCGUACAUUGCGCCCAUGGAGGUUCUCUUUGACGAUAUCAGGGGCAGACUGGGCGCCCGAUGCGUCGAGUUGCCUGCUUCUGCUGGCCUCCAGAAAGACGAAGUCGUCGGCUUUGGCGCUGCUGUCGAAAGUGCUGAUAUUGCUGCCAGACUGAGAGACUUGAAGAUCAAUACUAAGGCGGCGUCGGAGCAACCUGUGCCUGGAGCGAGCAGUAAGAAGACGGAAAGGGUGGGAGUGAGACCACUCGUCAUGGCUGGUGCUGUUUCUUGAGGUUACAACCUUGUGGUGCAUUGCGAACGGCGAUAUAGUGGCAGGUUACUUUUUGGCAUUUGUUAGAUACCAAUUGCUGUAGAACUUUUAGUCUACAUGCCCGUGAGGCGUCU